UGCUGCUGCUGCUGCCGCUGCUCAUGUUGCUGCUGUCGUCGCUGUCGCCACUAUAUCGCUGCUAUUCCCGCGUAGUCCGCCCAGCUGCGCGGAGACAUCUUCACUCGCCGAGUUGCCGCGCGUCGCGUUGGUUCGCCGCAGUUCCGACCGACCUCCCACCGCAGUCGCCAUGUCUACUGCUGCCCAGUGCCCGCCCCCUCGCCCAGGCGGUGGUGGAGGAGACACCACUCUGGCCGCCCUGGGCGCCCACAUGGCCCCCUGUCGCGACACCACGCCUGAGCAGCUGGCCCAGCUGAUAGACGCCCAUUUGGGGGAUCUGCGCCAAGAGCAGCCCAACUGGACCAUCAGCUCAUCCCCGGUGGCCGGUCGCGGGGUAUUUGCCACCAGAGACAUAGCCGCCGGCGAGCUGAUCUUCCAGGAGCGAGCCCUGGUCACCGGGCCGACGGCGAGAAAGGGCCAACUGAGCAGCUGCAUCUGCUGCCAUGAGACCCUGCCGCAAACGGGAUUCCUUUGCCGGCAUCGCUGCACCCUGCCCGUAUGCGAAACCUGUUCGGAUUCCGAGGAGCACCAGGCGGAGUGCGAGCACUUCCGUCGCUGGCAGCCCAAGGACGUGGAUGCCGAGCAGGAGCAGGUGAAUCCUAUGUCGCUGAGGAUCCUCACCGCAGUGAGGGUCUUCCACUUGGGCAAGGAACAGCGGCAUCUGGUGGACGCCAUGCAAGCGAAUGCGGAGCGCGCUUACCGGCGGGAGAUCAUCCAGGCGGCCCAGUGCUUCCGGAACUUCCCCACCACGGAUCGGGUGUUCAUGGACCAGCUGUUCCGGAUCGUGGGCGUGCUCAAUACGAAUGCCUUCGAGGCUCCCUGCCGCUCUGGUGGCCACGAGACGCUACUGCGGGGUCUGUUCCCGCUCACGGCGAUCAUGAACCACGAGUGCACCCCGAACGCUAGUCACUACUUCGAAAACGGUCGACUGGCGGUGGUUCGGGCUGCGCGCGAUAUUCCCAAGGGCGGCGAGAUUACCACGACCUACACCAAGAUCCUCUGGGGCAACCUCACCCGGAAUAUCUUCCUCAAGAUGACCAAGCACUUUGCCUGCGACUGCGUGCGGUGUCACGACAAUACUGAAAACGGCACCUACUUGUCGGCGCUUUUCUGCCGGGAACAGGGCUGCCGUGGCCUGGUGAUUCCCGUCCAGACUCGGACACUGCAGCCGGACUGGCGGUGCAUCACUUGCGAGAACGUGUUCCCGCACGCGAAGAUGGCCAAGUACCAGGACUUCGCGCUGAACACCAUCAACAACCGGAUCAACUCGUGCAGUGUCCAGGACAUGAUCCACUUCAUCAACGAGCUGUGUCCGCGCUUCUGUCCCUCCUCGAACUACGUCCUGAUCGAGGCCAAGCUGAAUGUGAUCUGGAGGAUGACGCGGUUCGACCACGAGGAGUACACUCCGGAGGAGAUGGGCCACAUGGAUCGCUACCGCGAGGAAGUGUUGGCCAUCCUCCACAAGCUGGGAGCCGGAGAGUGCACCCUAAAGAAGCUGAUCACCGGGGAGAUCCAGUGAUUCAUAUUCAGCUUCAAAACUUCAUUUUUUUUUUAGGUGUGAAUGAGUGAGUGCUUUUGUGAAUGCGUACUUUUCGGGGUUUGGUGAAUCGCAUCCGAGCCCUUUGUUGCUAUUUUAUUCGUAGUCACUUAAGAAUCCAAUAAACACCGAAUCCUUUCGAACUAUAUC